AUGCAGCUUCUUGAUCUCCCCGCUGAUAUUAUCGACGAGAUCAUCGGCCACAGUCUUCCAUCCGGCUUUGAAGCCUUUGCGCUCUGCUGCCGCGCCAUAUAUACACGCGCUGCACCCAAAAUCGCACGACACAACCUGCUCAAACAACGAUGGAAGUGCACCACCAUUGCCGGCUCCAAAAACCAGAGCGACAUAUUCCGUAUACUGUGCGAGAUAGCUUGUGAUCCUCUUGUCGGGCAAUAUAUUGAGUCGUUGAGUUUGCGUGGACAUGGAGGAGGCUCAAACGUCGAUACGAAGAAUGAUCGUUUCAAAUCUAAUGAAAAAGUUAUGGCGUCGAUCAAGAGCAUGGUCUUGCAUUCAGAGUGCUUCAACAACGCAGGAGUUGAUGCGCAGCUCUGGUGGGAAGUCAUGCUGCGAGGGUUCGGCCUCGAAAACGAAGCUGAAAACGAAGACAAUAACCACCGAUCCUACCAUAGGGUCGCGUACGCGACUGUGACACUCCUGAAUCAUCUACCGAACUUGCAAGCGCUAGAACUGCCACCCGAAUGGUACAGUCUUAACAACAACCGUACACCCCUUCCUGAAGCGGAAGAGAGAUUGGAAGCUGUGCUCAAAACAAUGGUCGAAGCUUCUAACAGCAGUGGCAACCGGAACCAGCCGCUUGCAAAACUGAGGAUCAUCCUGCCGUCCACCAGAGAGGGAUAUGAGGAACGGAACCCUUUCCAGGCCUUGGAACCUUUCAUGCGGUUGAAGAGUUUAAGAGAGCUAUACAGCACGUCCUGCUUGGCCAUUGACGACGGCUAUACUGGCAUGCCUUUCCAUUGGCGCUUUCCAGGAAUCAACUCAAACUUGCGUAGAGUCGAAUUGGCGUACUGUUGCAUGGACGCAGGAGGAAUCUCUGUCCUCCCAAGCCAAACUCCUUGCCUCCAAAUCUUCAGAUACUUGCAUGAGUGCAAAUGGUGCGUAACAUUCAUAUUCAAAACCAAGUGA